AGGAAAUGACUUCAGCAGAUGAUUUGUGUUGAGUUAAUCACAAAUUACUUCAUAAUUAAAUUGUAAAAUUUUAAAUUAAAUAUAUUUCGCGAUACACUUCAACAUGGCGGAGUCAAAAACUAACAAUUCAGAUCAGUACAAGGGCUGGCUCUACAAGUGGACAAACUACAUCAAAGGCUACCAGAAAAGAUGGUUUGUCCUGCAAAAUGGGUUCCUUUCUUACUACAGGAACCAGGCAGAAAUGUCAAAUGCUUGCAGAGGAACCAUAAAUCUUGCGAAUGCAUUCAUACAUACGCAGGAUUCUUGCAGCUUUGUCAUAUCAAACAGAGGAACAAUGACCUUUCAUUUAAAGGCCAGUUCAGAGGUAGAGAGGCAAAAGUGGGUUACGGCUCUUGAACUUGCCAAAACCAAAGCCAUUACACUUUUAGAAUCGGAUGACGACGAAGACAUCAUACAAUCAGACAAACGAGAAAUACAGAACACACUGCAAACUCUAUCUAGCAAAAUCGACGACUUGAAGAAUUGCAACGACUCCAUCACGAAACACGGGGCCGCCCUGCAGAGGGCACUCGUCGAUCUAGAGUCAACUGACAAUUCCUCGGAUGGAACGUUAAAAAUUCAGUCGGUCAUGGAACGAGCGAACUUAUUUAGACUUACUUCCAACGCCAUGAUCAUGGCAUGUAAUGAGUUCUUAGUGCUGGCUACUAAUCAGGGCACAAGAUGGCAGAAGCUGUUGCAGUAUGAGCACGAGAGGCGUGUCUACCUGGAAGACAUGGUCGAGCAGCUCGGAAAACAACACAGCAACCUCGAGAAACAGAUCAGGAAAUCUCUGAUCCCCGGCAAUAAAAAUGAACAAACUAUUAGCGAGAUCGUCGAAUGUGAUGAAGACGAGGAUGACUUCUAUGACGCUGUGGACCAUGAGGCCAAGGGCCACCAGUUCUCAGACCUAUUGAGUGACAUACAUUUAACAAGCUCUGUUAGACCUCCUAGCUAUCACAGUACUGGCGACAGUUCUAACCAGGGCAUGUUAAUGAGUACAAGUCAGUCAAAUGCCAUUAAGGAGGUUCUGGUGCCACUUAAAGUGGGCAGGCAGAGGAGGAGGACGAUCCCCGAACGGCCCAACUACAGCCUCAAUCUUUGGAGUAUCAUGAAGAACUGUAUAGGAAAGGAACUGAGCAAGAUACCUAUGCCUGUAAACUUCAGCGAACCCCUAUCUUUCCUGCAACGAUUGACGGAAGAUUUUGAAUACUCGGACUGCCUGGACAAGGCAGCCAACAGUUCGGACGACUACGAGCAGAUGGCCUACAUCGCCGCGUUUACCAUAUCAUCUUAUGCAAACACGACAUUGAGGACAGGCAAACCGUUCAACCCCCUACUUGGGGAGACAUUUGAAUGCGACCGAAUGGAUGAUUUGGGGUGGAGGUCGUUUGCAGAGCAGGUGAGUCACCACCCGCCAAUGGUGGCCAUGUACACAGAGGGCAGACAGUGGACGCAUUGGCAAGAGUUCACCAUGUCCAGUAAAUUCAGAGGGAAGUACCUACAGAUCAUACCACUUGGAAUUGCCCACUUAUUAUUUCCUAAAUCCGGCAACCACUACACGUGGCGCAAGGUAACGACAACAGUGCACAACAUUAUCGUCGGCAAGUUGUGGGUGGACAACCACGGAGAGAUGGACAUUGUCAACCACAAGACUGGCGACCUCUGCCACUUGAAAUAUUUUGCGUACAGUUAUUUCUCAAGAGAAGUUCCGAGAAGAGUAUCAGGCAUUAUAACAGAUAGCAACGGGACAGCCAAGUACCUUCUCUCUGGCACCUGGGACGACAAGAUCGAAGGGGCUCGCAUCAUCGGAGUUGAGGAGCCCUCGAAGGGCAAGGUCGAAUAUAAAACUGAACAGUCUGUUGUACUGUGGACCAGAAGAUUUAUCCCCCCCGAACUGGAGAAAUGCUACAACUUCACUCAGCUGGCCGUGGAGUUGAACGAGAUGGAAGAUGGCGUCGCUCCGACGGACAGUCGAUACAGGCCUGACCAACGGUUGAUGGAGGAGGCCAGGUGGGAUGAAGCCAACACUGUCAAGGUGCAACUUGAAGAGAAGCAGAGAGCUUCCAGGAAGGUGAGGGAAAGUCUUGCUGAAAAUGCAGCCCAACAAGGGGAAGAUUUCGUUGGUUACGAGCCGAAAUGGUUCCGCAAGGAGACUGACCCGCAGACUGGCAACAUCAUCCACACGUAUAUAGGUGAAUAUUGGAAGUGCAAAGAGAAACAGGAUUGGGAAAGAUGUCCGGAUAUUUAUUUAUGA